AUGGGUUUGUUUGUACUCAAGUAUCAUUAUCAAGAUGAAGAUGCACCACAUGACCAUACUUUACCUCGUUUAACCCAUGAAGUGAGAGGUCCAGAACUAGUCCACGUUUCUGAAAAGAACUUAUCGCAGAUAGAAAAUGUCCAUGGAUAUGUUCUACAGUCGCACAUCUCGCCUCUGAAGGUCAACGGCACAGAGAUUGAAUAUGAAUUUGAAGAAAUUACAUUGGAAAGGGGCAAUUCUGGCCUGGGGUUCAGUAUUGCUGGAGGAACAGAUAACCCACAUAUUGGCGACGAUCCCGGAAUAUUUAUUACUAAGAUAAUACCAGGAGGAGCUGCUGCAGAGGAUGGAAGACUCAGGGUCAAUGAUUGCAUUUUGCGAGUGAAUGAGGCUGACGUAUCCGAAGUUUCACAUAGCAAAGCUGUUGAGGCGCUGAAGGAAGCUGGCUCCAUCGUACGUCUCUAUGUCCGUCGGAGGAGACCUAUUCUGGAGACUGUGGUGGAAAUUAAACUGUUCAAAGGACCCAAAGGUCUGGGAUUCAGCAUUGCCGGAGGCGUAGGAAACCAGCACAUCCCUGGGGACAACAGCAUCUAUGUCACAAAAAUUAUUGAUGGUGGAGCAGCCCAAAAGGAUGGACGGCUGCAAGUAGGGGACAGGCUUCUUAUGGUAAAUAAUUACAGUUUAGAAGAAGUAACACACGAAGAAGCAGUAGCAAUAUUGAAGAAUACAUCUGACGUAGUCUAUUUAAAAGUGGGGAAACCAACCACCAUCUAUAUGACCGACCCUUAUGGCCCUCCAGAUAUUACUCAUCCUUAUUCCCCACAAAUGGAAAACCACAUCCUGUCUUCAGGCAACAAUGACACUUUAGAAUACAAGACCUCGCUGGCUCCCAUCUCACCUGGAAGAUACUCACCUAUCCCAAAGCACAUGCUAGUGGAAGAUGACUACUCCAGUCAUUCCAGGCAUAGUUCUGUAACCCAGCCUCCCAUCGUGAAUAUCCAGAGGACCAUGUCAAUAGAAGGGGAACCUCGGAAGGUUGUCUUACAUAAGGGCUCAACGGGGCUUGGUUUUAAUAUUGUAGGAGGAGAAGACAGGGAAGGCAUCUUUGUGUCCUUCAUCCUAGCAGGUGGACCGGCUGACCUCAGUGGUGAACUGCAGAGAGGAGACCAAAUUUUGUCUGUCAACGGGAUUGAUCUUCGUGGUGCUACACAUGAACAAGCGGCCGCAGCCCUCAAAGGAGCAGGCCAGGUGGUGACCAUUAUAGCACAAUACCAGCCUGAAGAGUACGCUCGAUUUGAGGCUAAAAUCCAUGAUCUGCGCGAACAGAUGAUGAAUCACAGCAUGAGUUCCGGGUCAGGCUCCCUGCGAACCAAUCAAAAGCGUUCUCUCUAUGAAUGUGGCAAGCCCGAAACUCUUCCCCCUGCCCCCAUGACUGCCACAGAGAAAUCAUUCAAUGACAAGCGUAAAAAGAACUUCAUCUUUUCACGAAAAUUCCCAUUCUACAAGAGCAAGGAGAUGUGUGAUCAGGACACCAGUGACCCGGAACGAGGACAAGAGGACUGCAUUCUCUCCUAUGAACCGGUUACACGGCAGGAAAUUAAUUACACCAGGCCAGUUAUUAUCCUUGGCCCAAUGAAAGAUCGGAUAAAUGAUGAUUUGAUAUCUGAGUUCCCUGACAAAUUUGGCUCCUGCGUCCCACAUACCACUCGACCGAGGCGCGAUUAUGAAGUGGAUGGUAGAGAUUACCACUUCGUCAUCUCCAGAGAACAAAUGGAAAAGGACAUUCAAGAGCACAAAUUCAUCGAAGCUGGCCAAUACAACGAUAAUCUGUAUGGAACAAGUGUGCAGUCUGUGCGAUUUGUAGCCGAAAGGGGCAAGCACUGUAUCCUUGAUGUAUCAGGAAAUGCAAUUAAACGACUUCAAGUUGCGCAACUGUACCCUAUUGCAAUCUUCAUUAAGCCUAGAUCGUGGGAGCCUUUGAUGGAAAUGAAUAAACGUCUCACGGAGGAACAGGCCAAGAAAACGUAUGACCGCGCCAUGAAAUUAGAACAAGAAUUUGGAGAAUAUUUUACAGCAAUUGUACAAGGAGAUACCUUAGAAGAUAUAUAUAACCAAACCAAACUUGUGAUUGAAGAACAAUCGGAUUCCUUCAUCUGGAUUCCUUCCAAGGAAAAACUAUAAAGUCACCGAUCCACACCUCUGAUCACAACGGAGAAGUAUUUAGAAGAAAAUUUAAUCCUAACUUAUUUGGAAGCUUCGGGGCGGGCUGUGGGGGAAAAAAGUUACUUUCACGUUUCUUGCUGUCAAUGUGAUUAUUAUUAUUCUUAUUUUCUGAACAUACAACACAAACUGUCGGAAGCCAUGAAGGACACUGAUUUGGUCAUAAAAGGGGAAGAAAAGAAAAAAAGAAAGAAAGAACAAUUUUUUUAAAAAGAAAAAAAAAACAAGUCUGCCAUAUUAAAUCUCUCUUCACACACACACAUGCAUACACAUACACUCAGGCACAUAUACACACAGCACAAACUGUUCUGUGUGCUCACCACACAGCUUUAUAAGGAUGAACCCGGAGGCAGAUAUGACCAGUCCACUGCCUCCCUUCCAGCCUGUAAUGGCUCAGCUCAGUGUGCUUCUCGGUGGUUGAAAACCCAAAAAUCUCCUGGGUGUCUUAAUCCUACAGGAUGUAUCCUUUGAGUAAAGCGGAUGUGGACACAAGUCCUACCUAACACAUCGCCGGAGGAAGAGCUGAACGGCCUACGGCUUUGCUGAAUCUCAUCCAUAAGCCACCGAACUCUGCUGAGACCUUGAAUGCUUUUAUUAUGAUUAUUAUUAAUUUUCCCAGAUGUUGGAUCAGAGAUUUCCUUUGAUCAUAGGUACAUCUGUAUUUGCAGCACCUCGACUUUCAUAUAACUAUGCAUAUCUCUCCUCCCCACCCCUCCUCCCCAUCCCAAUCCUAUCUGGAGCAUAAUUUCUCCCCCUCUCAACUUCCAAUCCCACCGUUGCAUCUGGAUCUUAAUCAUUCAAUGAGAUUUGAUGGGAAGGAAAGCUUUCGUAUUGAAGUGCAUGUUCCCACGAACACUCAAGAUUCAGGGUACUUAAAACUUGACCAAGAAGAGGGGUACAAUGUGGGGGGGAGGGAGAAAGCUUUACAUUUUAUUUUAAUUAUAUCUAUAUUAUCAUUUAUAUGAAGAUAGAAGGCACUUAAAAGAUGGAAUAAUUUAUUUAAAAAAAAUCUAUAUUGAUGUAUAGGCGCUAAUUUCUAAAGGUAACAAAAUAUUUUGUGAGACUUUUGUAAAGAUUAAGUUCAUUGAAAGGUGAAUUACAUUGCACCUGGGUGGGCAGGAGAAUGCAAAAGGUGAAUUUUCAAUUUGCACUAUUUCAUUCUUUCUUUUUUCCCCAGUAGAUUUCUUAAGAAUUUUGACUUCUAUAUGUUCGUCCUCUUUGUUUGAAUUUAGGAAUUUAGGUCUCAUGUAUUCCUAUUUUAUUUUAGAUAAGAAAAAUUUACUUUGCAUAAUACACCCAAAAUGCACUUAGUACAAAAGGAAAAUAUUAUAUAUCUCUUUGUUAAAAAGAGUCCCACCUCACCCUCAUUUCCCUCACUCCCAUAAAUAAACU